AUGCUAAUUGUAGAUCAAAUUGUCAAAGCAUUUAUUGUUCAGCUACCUCAAAUCUAAUGCAGAAGGCGGGAUUUGAAAAGACAAAAAGAAAGAAAGAAAGAAACGAAGAGGAUUCCGAAAGUAUGGCUUCAGAAGGCAAAGAUGACGGCCUUAACAGUAGCAGUAGUUUGAGAAAUACUCCAUCACCGAAGAAACAAAAUGUGACAGUCACCGGAGUUGAAGAAACCCUAGACGACCGUAUCAGUGAGUUGCCGGACACCCCUCCUAGUUCAAAUUCUCUCUCUCCUGCCGACUGAGGAUGCAGUCGCAACAUGUAUUCUCUCGAAAAGGUAGCAGUAUCUCUGGACUUCAGUUUAUAACUUCAUUCUCACUCGUAAAAAUAACUUUGUGCCCUUUGUUGAUUAUGUGUUAGCUCAUUCCGUUUCUACCAAAAUUCAAAAUUUCGAACUCGAUUGCACUUACCUCUUUCCACCAUACGAGUCGCAUAUCUGGCGGUGGCUUAAUUUUGCUGUUGAAAAAAAAGUGGAAAAUGUUGUACUCUGGGACGAUAUAUUUACUCAUUAUCUCACUUUCCCUGAAUCUUUCUGCACCUGUUCGUCGUUGAUAACUUUGGAGAUUAGAUCUCGUGUAUUUAGUUUUAACAUGGUCAUAUCGUGGAAGUCUCUAAAGAGCAUAAAGCUGGAGAAAUUUUUUGAUAAGCGAUAAUGGAAUUGUGAAUUUACUGUCAGUCUGUCCUGCAUUGGAAACCAUGGAACUUUGUCUUAUGCACCAAUUUGUUCACCUGGAUAUUAGUUCUUUGAAAUUGAAGAGACUGUAUUUGAAACAUCAUCUGCUGGAUGACGGCACAGAUAUUCCCUUGGAAAUUUUUGCCCCGUGUCUUCAGUAUUUUGAGAUUUCAGGAAAUCUUGAAAAUGUCGAUUGUAGGCUUGUAGACGUGUCCUCCUUGGUUAAUGCUAAGCUUACUUAUCGAAGUUUUUGCUUCAAUGCCCCCUGUACUGAUCUUUCUGAUGAUGAUGAUCUUUCUGAUGGUGAUGUUGACGAAGACCGUUGUCAUGGUUAUCAUCGAUGCCUUAGGACCCUCGUCCCAUAUAAUCUUCAAAAGUUGAGUUGUGCAGCUGAGCUAACAAUCGGAACAUGGUUCACAGAGGUACUGUGCAUGUUGCAGCUUGAAGAGGUGCCGAUUCCAGAACUAAAAUGUAAAUAUCUGACAUUAGAGUUGCAUAUAAAAAAGUUCAAUUUGUACGGAGCAGCUGGUAUUUUGCAAGCCUCGCCUUAUGUGGAGACACUCAACAUAGACAUCGCUACGGUUGAUACUCAACGGUGCCCUUUCGAAUUAAAAUAUUUGACCGAAGGAGAUAAUAUUGAUUUGCAGAGUUGGUUUUCAAGACUUGAGUUUCCCAACCUCAAGAAUGUUAAGCUUGUCAAUAAGAUUGACAACUCCGUCAGGGCAUGUUUGAAGGAUCAUUCUGAACAGUGCUAUGUCAAGCUUUUCAAACUCUCAGAAUUUCUGUUACAGAAUGCAACUGUUUUGGAGAAGUUCAUUAUCAUAUCAAAGACAAGAGAGUGCGGGAACUGUUUUACGAACUGUGUGCACCCAUAUUUUCUCCAGUUGGCUGAGAAAUUGUUAGGUUCCCCAAGAUCCUCCACGAUCUGUAGUUAUCUUCCAGGAGUGAGCUUUCUGUGACCAGACGGAAGUUCUCUGUCCCAGGAUACUAGAAACUUAAUCUAUGUUACUAAUUGCUAAUCUUUUGGACUUACCUUGUGGCAUAACAUAUGUUAUGGUAUUUUGGUUUCUCAUGGAGCAUUUGUAUGUUGCAUUUUUAGAUGUUGUACAUGCGUAUUGAGAGUUUCUUACGACUUGUUUUCCUGGACCUGUUAAGAAAAGCAGUUCUAAAUGGCACAUUACUCAUGAUAAUUAGCCUCAUUAAAUGUUGUG